AACAGGCAAGAAAGUGAUGGAUUACUUGCUUGAUAAUACUAUUCAAAUAGAUAACAUGAACAUAUUAUUGACACAAAAACCCAACCUCUCAUAUCAUAUGUAAGCCAGCCUUGUUCAAUUCAUAUACAUAGCUAUGGCGAUCACCAAGAUUUAUAUAAUUUAUUACUCUCUGCAUAAACAUGUGGAGUAUAUGGCUAGAGAAAUACAACGGGGAGCCAAUUCGGUCGAAGGAGUCGAAGCAACACUUUGGCAGGUAGCCGAAACAUUGCCUAGCGUCGUGCUACAAAAGAUGAAGGCUCCACCUAAACCAGAUGACGUGCCAGUGAUUCGUCCAGAACAACUUGUCGAAGCUGAUGGAUUCCUGUUCGGGUUUCCUUCUCGUUUUGGUGUGAUGGCAGCCCAAUGUAAAGCUUUCUUUGAUGCAACUAACAGUUUGUGGGAAACUCAAGCACUCGCUGGGAAACCGGCUGGGAUCUUCUGGAGCACGGGUUUUCAUGGUGGAGGCCAGGAACUUACAGCAUUAACGGCGAUAACGCAACUAGCACAUCAUGGGAUGCUAUUUGUACCUCUUGGGUACACAUUUGGGAGCGGAAUGUUUGAAAUAGAUGAAGUUAAAGGUGGAUCAUCUUACGGUGCUGGAACGUAUGCGGGUGAUGGAACCCGAAAGCCGACUGAAUUAGAGCUCCAACAAGCAUUUUAUCAAGGGAAAUAUGUUUCUGAAAUUACCAAAAAGCUUUCCAAAAACUAAAACUCAGUUCGAGUUAUUAAAUCCGCGUUGUACCUAUUUUAUUAUCAUUUCUGAAAUAUUAUCAUGUAUUACAGUGAGUCAAUGAACAGGUUAUGAUUGUCCCUUCUAGAGGUGGUAAGUAAAA